AUGACUACCGGGCAGCCAGCUAAGGGCUACUGGGCUGCCAUCCCGGAACGAAUACAAGAGCUCAUUGCGGCCUCAUUCCACAACCUACCUUUCGCUGUACCGACCAAUUGGCCCAUCGGAAGAUCGAUAUCAACGAACGGAAGAUGGGUUCCAGCUCCCCUUGGCCCUGGAAAGAGGGGCUUUGGAGAAGGCUCCGAAGGUCUUGUCAAUUUGUGGUGCCUCCUAGAUGAGAAUAACGUCGUAGGCGACAGGAUUAUCAUCAAGCAGAUCCACGUCGGCGCUACGCGCUACAACGAUCCUUCGAACUGGACAGACGGCACCGUGGGUGGAGAGCCUAGAGAAUGUGCCAUGGCUAAUGCGGUAUGUGGUGCGCUUCCUGAAAGCCACGCAGAGCACGUACUCGAGUGUUUGGGAUGGGGUGAUUGCAGAGGAGAACCAAGGUGGAGAUACCGCUUGUACUUCGAGUACUGCAACUAUGGAGAUUUGACCACAAUUGUAGAGGCGCAGAGACGGGACACGGUCGCCCCAGGAAGCAAAAGGAAGGCCGAUGAUGACGGAGAUGGUGACGUUUUACUUCCUGAGCCGUUCAUAUGGUAUCUGCUUGAAUCCCUAGCAAAGGCGACCGUGGGUCUGGACAAAGCCGACAUAUUGCAUGGAGAUAUGCAAAUGCGGAAUGUGUUCUUUGGAUCUCCGGAUCCGAAAAGAUUUGGCAUAUACCCGACACCGAAGGUGGCCGACUUUGGAAGCUCGCGUAGGCUCGCAGAUCCAGGAGUUAGGAAUCGUAGCGAUCUGGUACGAAGGGAUGCGUGUUGUGCGUUGUUCGCGCCGCCGGAGUUGUCAAAAAUUAACGAUGGUAUGGAUUGGGAGGUUAGUGAACCAGGCACAACCUUAAGUAAUAAGACCAACGUGUGGCAAAUCGGAAUGCUUAUCGCCUGUUGUAUGCGGCUAUGCACAUAUCUUCCGGAAAUGAACUGGCGAGGUAUGCGUCGAGCAGACUGGGAGGUCGCCGAGAAAGAGCAACUGCGAUUCCGUACAACGUCAAGAGGUAAACACGAGCUGGAACGCGACAAACUGGUUCACGAAAAUUCCAAAUACAGCGAAGAGUUGGUCGAGAUCAUAUUUGAUUGCUUGAAAUUCAAUCCAGUGGAGAGGCCGAAAGCUGAGGAGCUUCUCAGGAGAAUACAGGAAUGUAUGCAAGGUCCAGUGGCUGGCGUUCUUGAUUAUCUGCCAGGUAAAGAUCGAGUCGAUGAUGAUAUACAGCGCCAUAAGCUCCGAACAAUCUCGGAUGGCAAGUACAGAAUAGGCAAGACGUUUUGA